AUGCCAAUUCGAUUCUCGGAAACGACUCGUGGUUGGAUCGCCGCGGUCGCGGGAGGGCUUUCAGCUGCGACGGCCGGCGUGAGUCCCUGGGUUUCGUACGGCCUGGGCAGCGGCAGUGUCUCGGCGCAACUGGAUGAUACGGAUACUAUCUUGUCUUUUUGCCUCAAACAGUGGAUGGUGGACAGACGGAUGAAGGCCGCAACGAUUCGCCUCAAGAAGGAGUACGUUGAGCUGAAGGUAGCGAACUGGAAGGCGGAUAGGGAGUUCCUCAAGGCGCUGAAAGACCGAUCCCAGGCAAGUACCGCGAUACAUUCUCAACCCGAGCCAAUCCCUAUCAAAAGUCAGAACUGUUGUCGAGUGAGGUCGUGCAAUCAGACUGCGGGCGCUGGUCCUCGGGGUUGGUCGAACCCGGCCCCGAGCUCUGUGGCCACGGGUCGUCGUCGUGUUCAGCACUUGACAAACCAUAUCACAUGA